UCUUUCUCUCUCUGGUUAAGCAUGGAUGCCAAAACAGGAUACGAAGAGUUAAUGUUGCCGACGCCCAUCAACGGUUCGGAUGCAUUGACAUUUGGGUUCAGAAGCAAGAGAGUGGAUGCCGAAUGCAUACGAAGGACUGGAGUCAGUAGAGGUAUCUUUUAUGGAGAUGAUCCCUUCAAAUUUGUGGAACCAGUUUUCCUGAUCCAGCUCAUCAUAGGUUCUCUCCUCACAAAUUUCUGUCAACUCCUUUUCAAGCCCUUGGGCCAAACUUCCAUUAUCAGCCAGAUCAUGGCUGGUUUUAUUGCAGGGCCUUCAGCUCUUAGCCGAAACACAACCGUCAGGUUAAAGUUAUUCCCACGACCAAGCAAAUACGUACAGGAAACCUUGUCUUUGACUGCCUGUGUAUUCAUCUUCUUCCUUGCCGGAGUGAGAAUGGACAUAGGCACGAUCAAGAACUCGGGAAAGAAAGAAUGGUCCAUCGGCAUCAUGACACUCAUCGUUCCGUUAGUGUUAACCCUGCCCACCUCCAUUUUACUUAAGAAUGUCCUUACCCUCGAUAAGGCUUUCAAAGAUGGCGUCGAAUCGAUUGGAUGUCUAUAUGCUACCACUUCCUUCCACGUCGUGGCUAGUUUCCUACACGAGCUCAAACUACUCAAUUCUGAACUGGGCCGCCUAGCCAUGUCUUCUUCCAUGAUCAGUGUCCUGAUUAGUUGGAUCAUGGUAGAUAUUGGCGUGACAAUCAAGCAAACCAUGUUGAAGGGAGAUGGAAUGGACGUGAUCUUCAAGUUGAUGGCAUGUAGCUUGGUCUUGGUGACCUUCAUCUACUAUAUUUUACGACCCAUCAUGCUUUGGAUGAUCCGACAGACGGAGGAAGGGAAACCCAUCAAACAGAGCUACAUUUAUUCUAUUUUCAUCAUGGUUCUAGGCUGUUGUUUCGUGAGCGAGUCGUUGGGCAAGCAUGUGGCCCUCACGGCGGGAUUUGUGGGCAUCUGUGUUCCAGGCGGGCCACCUUUGGGUUCGACGUUGGUGGAGAAGCUUGAAUGCUUCGUAACGGCUGUACUGUUGCCGCUUUACUUAAUUGUGAAUUUCGAGGAUGUUGAUUUGUAUCACAUCAAACCUCUCCCUUUCUUCACUAUAGAACUUCUAUGCCUGGUUGGAACCCUGGGCAAAUUCAUUGGAACCCUAAUUCCUUGCUUCUACUUCGACAUUCCAUUUAAGGAAUCUAUCUCGCUCGGGCUAGUGUUGAGCACUCUUGGCUUGCUUGAUCUUCAGUUUUACAAAUCCGCACAGCUGCUUGGGUUUAUCGAUAGCUCAACUUUCGGGGCAAUGUGUAUAUCUAUAAUAAUGGUGACAGGUUUCGUUGCGCCUUUGGUUAGAGUGAUUUACAAUCCAUCACAUAAAUACAGAGGCUACAAGAAACGGACCAUUCAGCACACUAAUCUCCAUGCUGAACUCCCAAUACUUGUCUGCGUCUACAACCAAGAAAGUGUUCCUGCCCUUAUCAACCUCCUCAAGGCCACCCACCCUGUCCAAGACUACCCCAUGGCCAUCUACCUCCUACAGCUCAUCGAGCUAGUCGGUCGUUCAGCCCCACUUCUCAUCCCUUAUCUUCCUGGAAAAAUCAUGGAAUCUCAACGCUCCGGGCGUGCCAUUUUCAAUGCUUUCAAAAUCUUCGAGCGCAAUAACCCAGGAGUGAACACCAUGCAGGCCUUCACAAGCGUAGCCCCCUACGCUACAAUGCAUGAUGACAUAUGCACUCUCGCACUGGACAAGAGGGUUUCCUUCAUCAUCGUUCCCUUUCACAAGCAAUGGCACCUCGAUGGUGGGAUUGAGUCGGUGAGUCGCAGGAACAUCAACCAAAAGGUCCUCAUGAUGGCUCCAUGCUCCGUCGGUAUACUCAUUGAUCGUGGAACCUUGACUGGUCGUAGAUCUAUAUUAGAAAGUUGGGCCUACUUGCGUGUUGCAAUGAUAUUCCUAGGGGGCAUUGAUGAUCGUGAAGCACUAUCGUUUGCAAUGCGUAUGGCCCAGCACCCCAACGUCAAUCUCACAGUGAUCCGGUUGAUUCCGAUGGGCGAUAAUCUGUACUUCAUUGAUGAAAUAGAAAGGAUGUUGGAUGAGGAAGUGAUCAGAGAGUUUCGGCUUGCCACUAUAGACUACAGCGAUCGUGUUCUCUAUACAGAAGAGGGAGUGACAGAUGGGAUCGGAACUAUCAAUGUGAUAUUGUCCAUUGAUGACUCAUUUGAUCUCUUUCUGGUUGGGAGACGCCAUGACAAGGAUUCACCAUUAUUGGAAGGAUCAGUGGAAUGGGUUGAGUUUCCAGAUAUUGGAUUCAUUGGAGACAUACUCAUUUCAACAGAUUUCAAGCACAGAGUUUCGAUUUUGGUGGUGCAACAACAUGGAUUGGUAUCUAAAGCUGAAGUUGCCUUAGGUAAAGCUAGACUUCGCCACCUUUCCGAUGGUGACAUGCCAUGAAAACUUUUUGUAUAGUUUUAAAUUUUACAUAAAGCACCUAGACAAAAAUGGGAAUGUGAUACUAAUGCUCUCAUAGAAGACAGAGAUAUAGGAGAAUAGAUUAGGAAGAGAGAGGAUAGCAACUU